CUCAGCUGUCAUACUCCCUGGUGGAGAGAAGCAGCUCCGCUCUGAGUGAGAAAAACUCCAAAAUGAUCUUGCAAGGCUCCGCUCCACGCUUGACCACCACCUCCACUUAUUGAUUUCUGCAAAACAAGACUCCAGUUAUCUACAUCUGCAAUUCCUCUGAUGAAGAUAUUGUAGAUAUAUAACCUCCCCCCAAAAAAAUGGCUCAAGUAAAGUUCCUCUUGACAGUGAUGUUUUUGACCUUCACGGUGACCUUGGUACGUUGCCAGACAAUAUGUAAAAGGCCUGCUUCAGUGAACUGGCACCUGAGAGAGCGCACUAUUCGGAUUAAUUGGACGCUCAUUGGAAAGUUCUGCCGUGGCCAGUCGGAGUGCUGGGAUCUUCAGGAGGGAGCAAGCGUGGAACCUUUCAACUUUCCUCAAAUGUGUCCACUUGAGCUUCAGCAUGGCGACAAACUGCUGAUAGCGGCUGAUGAAACGCUGAAGUCAUACGGGAUCAGACUGCUAAAUGUGUCGAAACAAGACUUUGAAAGCUGUUCUGCUCAGGACCCAACAAACCAGCUCAUUUUCCCUCAUAAUAUCAAGGAAGCCAAGCAAGUUGAUGCCAAAUGGCUGGUCCCGGGUCACCUCUACCUCGUGGCCCUGCAUGAGCGAGACACACAACUGUGCAAACUUGGCCUGAGACUGCAGGUGCAGAUAAAAACACAGCUUUGUCAGGCCUCUUUCGGGGUGCCACUUUGUUCUGGGAGAGGCGUUUGUCAAGCAAGCCGCGGGGAGGCUCUAUAUCAGUGUCAAUGCCCGCAACACUACACCGGAAGGUUUUGUGAAGAUUUUGACGCUUGUUCGGCGAGGCCCUGUGAAAACCAGGGUGUCUGUUUAAGUAAUGGAGCCACCGGUUCAAACAACAGGCCAUAUAAAUGUCUCUGCCCUGCACCUUUUACAGGAGUCAACUGCUCCGAAGUCAUGGGGAAGGAAAAUUGUGACAGGAUCUGUGCGGAUGGGACGUGCGUGAAGAUGUCACCAGCCUCCUUCAAAUGCGUCUGUGACAGUGGACUCUCAGGUCCACGUUGUGUGAGGGACAGCAGUUGUGACCGAGACCCUUGCCAAAAUGGAGGCACUUGUCUGCAGAAAUCCAAUGGCUCUGUUUGUCUUUGUCCUGAAAGAUUCGAGGGUCACCACUGUGAAACCAGAAUCGGGAUUGAUUGCUUGUCAAAGUCAUGCCGAGAUGCAACGAUUUGCUCUGAGGGAGAGCAAGAUUGUUUCUGUGACGACGGAACUGAGACUUCAGGAUGCGAGAGGCAACAGGACGUGUGCAGCUCUUCCCCUUGUCUCAACAAUUCCACCUGUGUGUCCAGAGGAAACGAUUAUGUCUGCAGAUGUCUGCGGGGGUUUUCUGGGAAGAACUGUGGAGAAAUAAUUGACUACUGCACAGUGCUCAAUAUCACCUGCCGAAAUGAGGGAUUGUGCCUGAGCGUAAUUGGCCAAUAUCAGUGUGUCUGUGCUCCGGGAUGGGUGGGUGAGUUUUGUCAGUACGUGGGCGACGCCUGCAAGAUGAAGCCAAACAGCUGCCUGAACGGAGCCACAUGUGUGACGACAAGCCCGCCGGCAUCUCCUCCUCAGUUCAGGUGCAAGUGUGCACUUGGCUUUACAGGGACAAACUGUGAGACCGAAAUCAAUGAGUGCGACUCCAACCCCUGCUGGCACAACAGCACAUGCAAAGACUUGGUUGGACACUACGAAUGCCAAUGUCCUACAGGUUUCCUUGGACGAAACUGCGAGGUCGACAUCGAUGCGUGCGCUCUGCCCAACAGCACGUGUCCACCUGACAUGCAGUGCUUCGAUCUUUCUGACGGGCUGAAAUAUACCUGCCGGACACCCUGCCCUCCAAAUCUGCAACCCUGUGCCAAUGGAGGACGCUGUGUGCUAAACAGCGCCAGCAGCUUCACCUGCAUCUGCUCCCCUGGUUGGUCCGGGCAAAACUGUCGCACAAAUGUCAACGACUGUGUUCAGCACUGGUGUCAGAAUGGAGCCACUUGCGUGGACGAGAUUGAUGGAUACAGAUGCCUUUGUCCCAGAGGAUACACAGGCAACCACUGCGAAGAGGACAUCGAUUACUGCGAUGGUCAACGCUGCUCUGAACAUGGCGUCUGUUUGGACCAGCAGCACAACUUCACUUGCCGCUGCAUGCCGGGAUAUGAGGGUUCACUCUGUCAACUGGAAAUAAAUGAGUGCAAUAGCUCCCCUUGUGUUAACGGGGCCACCUGCGAGGACCUUAUCAGCGAUUAUCGAUGUCACUGUCUGCAGGGUUUCGAGGGAAGGACAUGCGCUGAAAAUGCUAAUAGCUGUUGGUCGCAGCCAUGUCGAAAUGGCGGAUCGUGCACGCAUCAGAUAAAUGACUACAUUUGUCACUGUCCUCGUGGGUUUGUGGGCUUCGACUGUGAAAUCAACUAUGAUGAAUGUGCUGAUGGAUACUGUGUCAAUAAUUCCACGUGUAUUGACCUGGUUGCAGACUAUCGGUGCAUCUGCCCACCAGGCUUUGUCGACAAGAACUGCUCGACUGCUGUUUCACCAUGUGCGUCUGAGUUCUGCAAGAAUGGAGGGUCCUGUUACACCGACUCGACUGGAGAGUUGAAGUGCAUUUGCCAUCCAGGUUACACUGGCCACUUCUGUGAGGGGAGCAUCAAUGCAUGUGAAAGAAAUCCAUGUGGCCCCUUAAGCGUCUGUGAGAACACUGUCAGUGGUUACAAAUGCUUUUGUGCUUCAGGCUUUAUUGGAAAUAAUUGUGAGAUUGAAGUAGAUGAAUGUCUCAGUCAACCAUGUGAAAAUGGAGGCACCUGUAUUGAUGAGCUCAACUCCUUCAGCUGCCGCUGUUCUCCUGGAUUCGCUGGCAACUUCUGUGAAGUCAACAUAGAUGAGUGCCAAUCCUCGCCCUGCCGGCACAACGGCACAUGCCUUGACCUUGUUCUUGGCUAUGAAUGCGCCUGUGUGCGUGGGUUUACUGGCAGCAAGUGUGAACUUCAAAUUGAUGAGUGUGCUUCAUCUCCCUGCAAGAAUGGAGCCACUUGCAUUGACCAGGAUGGUAAUUACCUCUGCCAAUGUGUGGCUCCAUUUAAAGGUCGCAAUUGUGACUUCCUGCCUUGCGAUGCCAGCGAUCCCUGCGAGAAUGGAGGUGUGUGUAUAGAGGAGCUGGAUCAGGAUCGCUACCCUUGGGGCUUCCGCUGUCAGUGUCUCAGAGGCUUCGCUGGACCUCACUGUGAGGUGGACGUGAACGAGUGCAGCUCCAAUCCAUGUGUUCACGGCUCCUGCUAUGAUGUGGUCGACGGCUUCAACUGUGUCUGCAGUCCUGGUUUCACGGGGCUGAGGUGCGAAAAAGACAUUGAUGAUUGCGUCAACAAUUUGUGCAGCAGCAACUCAAUAUGCAAAGACCUCCAUCUGAGUUAUGAGUGUUUGUGUCACGCUGGCUGGGAGGGGGAGCACUGCCAACGAGAAAUUGAUGAAUGUUCGUCUCAUCCUUGCAAAAACAGCGGCACCUGCACGGACCUCUUCAACAGCUACAAGUGUUUGUGCUCACGCGGCUGGACUGGCGCGGACUGCUCUGAGGAUGUGAAUGAGUGUGAAUCUGGGCCCUGUCUAAAUGGAGCUCAGUGUCAGGAGUCAGAUGUACCUGGGGAGUUCUCCUGCACCUGUCCGCCGUUCUUCAACGGUCCCUUGUGCAACCAGCCUUACGACCCCUGCGACCCUCUUCACAAUCCCUGCCUGCACAACUCCACCUGCCUGACACGCUCCGAUGGAACAGCCUCUUGCAGAUGCCCAGCUGGAUUUGAAGGAAGUUGGUGUGAAAUUGACACCGAUGAAUGCAGCUCAAAUCCUUGCAGAAACCGGGGCAGCUGUGUGGACCGGGUCAAUAGUUACAGCUGUGAAUGCAGGAUGGGGUUUCUAGGUCUUCACUGCGAAGAAGAUGUCGACGAGUGUGCCUCAAACCCGUGCCUCAAUGCCGGCACGUGCCAGGACCAGGCAAAUGACUUCCACUGCAUUUGCCCUCAGGGUUAUUUUGGAAGGCGUUGUGACCUGGAUGUGAACGAGUGUGAAGUGUCACCUUGCCUGCAUGAGGGCAUCUGUAUCAACCAGCCAGGAGGCUUCAAGUGUGUCUGUCGCCCUGGAUACUCAGGAGCCCGGUGUGAAGUCAACAUUGACGAAUGUAUUUCAAGUCCAUGCCAAAACAACGGGAGAUGUAUUGACGCGACCAAUCGAUACCGCUGCUUGUGUCCCGACGGCUUUGUUGGCCUCAACUGUGAGACCAACAUUGACGAAUGCUCGACAGAUCCUUGUCUUCAUGGGAGCUGCAGUGAUGGCUUGAAUUCCUUCUCCUGUUUUUGUGAACCUGGAUGGACAGGCCACAGAUGUGAAACUAAUAUUGAUGAUUGUGCUUCUCAUCCCUGUUCAAACGGAGGCUCCUGUGUGGACCUGAGCGAGCGUUUCGCCUGCGUCUGCCCGGACGGUUACACCGGUAGAAUCUGUGAAACCAACAUUGACGUCUGCGCAGACCAGCCCAUUAACGGCUCCCUGUGUUUCAACGGAGCAACCUGCAUCGACGGGGAAGGGUCAAAGUUCACCUGCAGAUGUCCUCCAGGUUUUUCCGGGGACUUCUGUGAAGUGGAUAUCAACGAAUGUUGCUCGUCUCCAUGCCACAAUGGCGCCAUUUGCCAGGAUCUCAUGAAUAGCUACAUCUGCCUCUGUAGGUCAGGUUGGACAGGCCUUCACUGUGAGGAUGACAUUAAUGAGUGCCUUCCACAGCCCUGCAACCAGGGGAUAUGCAUUCAGAACGAUCCGGGCUACGGCUACACCUGUUUCUGUCGUCCUGGAUUUGUGGGGCGGAACUGUGAGCACAACUACGACGAUUGCCUUUUGAAUCCCUGUCCGGAAGCAUACAGCUGUGUGGACGGCAUCAACAAGGUCACCUGCCUUCCUCCUGCUACAAACCUGGUUCCCUUGGUGAUGGGAGCCAAGAACAUCACUUACAGCUACUCGCAUGCUGCGUCUGAGCCAACACUCAGCACGGCGCACACAGCUGAGCAAUCCACAGAUUCCAGCUAUGUUCAGUUCUUUGGGAAUUCAUACCUGGAAUUCGAAGGCACCGAGCUCAGUGCUCUCAACAACAUCACUGUGAGUUUUCAAACACAGACAGCAGAGGGAACUUUAUUGUACGUGGACCAAGGGACAGCCAACCACGGUUUCUUCUUCAUGAAACUCUUCAUCGUGGAUGGAGUUUUGCAGUAUGUGUUUUGUUGCAAUGAAGAGGCUGGAGUGACAGAGAUCCUUUCGUCAAUACGUGUAGACGACGGCAAAGUUCACACAGUGUUCAUCAGACAACACUUGGUACCUUGUGAGGCCGAGAUGACUCUUUCAAAUUAUGGAAAAAUCAAAAGUGCGUCAGGUAAUUACUGGCUGGAACAUACAUUGCACAGAACCAAUCACAUCUUUGUCGGAGGUCUGCCCCGUCAGUACCUGCCCCAUCAGAAAGCAAAACCAUUCUUCAACUUCAAUGGCUGCAUUAGAGUCAUUGAAAUAAACAAAGAAAAAAGGUUUAGCAUGUCAGAUGCCAUCACAAGCAGAAGUGUUGACCUGUGCAGGUACACUUUGGCGGCUGCAAAAAUCUCCAUUUCAAAUUCGUCAGCUUUGACAGCUCUCUCAGUCGCCAGUGAAGCCGUCGCGACAACAACGGUGACUUCCCCACAAACACCUGAAUCCUCUGCUGAAGCCUGCCGCGACGGUCUCUGUCGGAACGGAGGCACGUGUCAGUCAACGUGGACAGCUGGAGAGGCGCGUUCACUCUGCCAUUGCCCGCUUCACUUCACCGGGGCAUUUUGUGAGAAAGAGUCGACUGUAUUCAUCCCGUUCUUUGAUGGCACAUCGUUUUUGGAGCUGCAGCCUCUCGCAUCGUUUCUCCACUCCACUGAUCCAGGCGUUAAUCAACCACCUACUGUCAAGGACAGCCCUGUUGUGCUCUAUUUGACAGUAAAAACAAGAUCCACCCAGGGGACCGUCCUAUACAGUCAGGAGCAGAACUUUGGCAGCAGCUUUCUUCAUGUGUUCCUUCAAGACGGCAGCUUGGUUGCUCAGCUCGGAUGUAACAGCAGUCGGGUUUUGACUGUAGCAUCGAUCCAAAGCAUAAAUACUAACAGAUGGGCUCCAGUGAAAAUACGAUACAAUCUGCCUCUCGGCAAACAAGGCGGGUCAUGUAUGAUUGAGAUUGCGGGGGAUAAUGGCACCGAGCAGCAUCAGGAGCUGUUUAUGUCUCCGCCCGUGUCAGAGGGACCCUUAGGACCUAUUUUUCUUGGGGAUGUUUCAUCCCGCUGGGAUGACGGGGUUGCCAAGGGAGCAAGGAGAUUUAUCGGCUGCAUCAAAGAACUUCGGGUCAACUCUAAGCCGAUUUACCUUCUGGGUGCAGCAGUGAGGGGUAGGAACAUCAAAAACUGUGAACCACCUGUGUGCCAGCACCAUCCCUGUGGUAACGGAGGAACCUGCGUCAGCGAUGAUGAGGACUGGUUCUGUGAGUGCCCCCCGCUCUACACAGGCCGCCUCUGCCAGUUCAGCUCAUGCGAGCGCAACCCCUGCGGUCAUGGAGCUACGUGCAUGCCAAAGUCUCCCCUGGAAGCCGUGUGUCUCUGUCCUUAUGGAAGACAGGGUCUACUAUGUGACCAGACUGUCAACAUAACUCGAGCCAGAUUCAGCGGCACUGACGAGUUUGGUUACACGUCCUUCAUGGCCUAUUCCUCCCUGCCAAGUCUCAAUCUCUUCUACGAGUUCAAGUUAAAGUUCAUCCUCGCCAACAACGCGUCUGCAGUUCAAGACAAUGUGAUUGUUUUUGCAGGAAAUAAAGGACAAGGAUCUGAUGGCGACGAUUUCCUGGUGUUGGGAAUACGAAACGGGCGACUGGUGCAUCGAUUCAGUCUGGGAUCCGGCGUCGCCACAAUCGUCUGCGAUCGACUCAACCGCAGCAUCGACGUCCAUAGUGUCACGUUUGGCCGCUUCAAGAAACUCGGCUGGCUCGUGGUUGAUGGGCACUGCAACAGGACAGGAGUGUCUCCAGGACCUCUGAUGGGCCUAAAUGUUUUUAACCAGCUCUUUGUGGGAGGAUAUAAUGAGUACACUCCUGAACUGCUGCCACUUGGCUCCAGGUUCCGUCAAGGUUUUCAAGGCUGCAUUUUUGAUGUGCAGUUUCGAACCAGAAGAGACAGGAAGUUCCAAAUGAUAGGACAACCUGCAGGACACCCUGCCUCCGGGCGCAGCGUGGGCCAGUGUGGAAUCACCCCCUGCGAUCAUGUCCGCUGCAGGAAUGGGGGGACGUGCGUGGACUCUGGCUCCUCUGUGUAUUGCCAGUGCCCAUUUGGAUGGAAAGGAGCUCUCUGUUCUGAGACGGUGUCUGUGUGCGACUCCGAGCACAGCCCCCCUCCUCUCUGCGCCCAAGGCUCCACCUGCAUCCCUCUUCCGGAAGGAUAUACCUGCCAGUGCCCCCUGGGGAGCGCAGGGCUCCACUGUGAGAAAGACAUCAGCAUCAGCGAUCCGUUCUUCAGUGGAAACCAGUCCUCCUGGAUGUCUUUCCCGCUGCCGAGCGUCAGACACAGGAUGGUUUUGGAGCUGCAGUUCCAGUCUUUAGCACCAGAUGGCAUCCUUUUGUAUAUUGCUCAGCAUCGCAGUGCCAGAGCUGGAGACUUCCUCUGUCUCUCCUUGACCUCUGGGUUUGUCCAGCUGAGGUAUGAUUUGGGGGACGGCACACAGAUGUUGCGGUCUGCUGAACGGGUCGACACUCGCGGCAGGAUCUGGCACACUGUCAAAGCAGGUCGCAUCGGCAACCAAGGCUUCCUAGGUCUGGACGGGAAGGAGGUCCGACUGAACGGUACUGAAGGGAUGAGCACGCUCGACGUGGCCUCGGAGAUUUUCAUUGGAGGUGUUUCAUCUCUCAGCAUUGUAACCUCUGAGGCCAUAGAAGGAGAAGUGGUGGGGUUUACUGGCUGUAUUAGAGAGUUGAUUCUGAAUGGCCACGAGUUUGAGCUGACAGAAACAGGGGCCACCGGAGGGGCCAACGUCGGGGACUGGGACGGGACAGCUUGCGGUCACAAAGUCUGUAAAAAUAGAGGCAGCUGUCGACCGAGAGGGACCGACUCUUUCACAUGUUUCUGCCCUCCAUCAUGGACCGGGCCUGUGUGCGAGCAGUCGGUGGGAUGCUCCAACAACAGCUGCAAACAUGGCUCCAUCUGCGCUCCAGUCAACACGACGUCCUACGAGUGCCUGUGUCGUUUAGGUUGGGGAGGGAAGUACUGCGACUCACCGAUGUCCACUGAGGUGCUGAAGUUUAUGGGGAGGUCUUAUGUUAAAUAUCGGGACCACAGAUUCAACAUCAGGAAUCCGAAGUCCACGCAAGUUACUUUUGACUUUGAAGCGGAUGCUCCAGAUGGGUUGCUCAUGUGGAUGGGGAAGGCGGAACAAGAAGACGACGACUACCUGGCAGUCGGCUUGGAGGAGGGGAAUUUAAAAAUCCAUCUCAACCUCGGGGAAAGACUGCAGCGGCCGCUGACCAUCAGAAAUGAAACACUCUGCUGCAAACAACCUCAUCGCCUCUCCAUAUCCAUCAACGGCACAACAGUCCAAGCUCAUCUGGAUAACAAGAGGGUGGCUUUUGAAGAUGUGGAUCCUUUUGGACGAUAUGUUGCCCUCAACUAUGGCGGCGUGGUUUACUUUGGUGGCGUCGAGCUGAGCAGAAAUAUAUCUGUGGUGACGUCAGGAAUGUUUUCCACGAGCUUCAAAGGUAGUCUCCAAAAUGUUUAUUUGUUUGGGGAUAUGAAACCAGUGAAUUUUUUACAGAAUAGCGAAGGAUAUAAUGUUCAUCAGGGGGAACGUUUUCAAGUGUGAU